AUCGUUUUCUGGCAAUGGUCGGUUACAAAAAGGUGCACGGCAUUUGUAGGGAGAACAACACAGGUACACGGUUCUAAGGGGAGGAUGUAAGAGGCUAAACUUUCGCAGGGAAGCAUGAGAGAGAAGAAGGACGAGAGCAUGGUGAAAGGCCCAUGGUGUUUGUGUGAUGGAUGGCGUAAGGAAGGAGAGAUCCGCAGACUGCUCUAGAACAGGUCCGAUUCACCCCAAAGCAGAUGUCUCCAGCCUUCAGUGGAAACCCAAACACUCCUCCUCAAAUGAGACGACCUCCUUUCACCAGAACUAUAAAGGUAACAUUUCCAUGGAAAACCACAAGGCUGUACCUGACCUGAAGGAUGUCCCCCCACCUCCUCCUCCUCUUCCUCCUUAUCCCUCUACAUCCCAGCUAUCCCAGCCCUUUCCUUUGAUACCUUUGCCCCUGCCUCCUGCCUGCUUGCCACCUUCCCUGCAGCUAACACAAGAUACCCACCAACAACAUCCGCCAUCAAAACAGCAACAGCAAGGGCUUAGCCCCAAAGUAAGCAUUUGCACCCAAUGUGACUACUGUAGCACAGACAGCUAUGGCUUAUUGGGUGGCAGAGGUGUUGUAAGCAGCAGUAUUUGUACACCACAGACAGCAUCAGGCUUUCUGGGAACACCAGGCAGCAGUAGUAGCAGAUUAGAGCUGUGCUCUUUAGCUCCACCUAUCCGUUGCUAUAAUAACCUAAGCUGUGGUGGAAGUGAGGCGUUUGAUCCCUUGCUCCCGCUUGGUUGCAAACCUCAGUUGCCUUCUUCUGUGGCUACCUCUCAACCUCUUUCCCUUCAACCUUGCCUACCAUGCUGCUCAGGACCUCUUCACCCCUGCUCAGCUUUACCUCCUUCACUCAGUCAGUCCAGCACAUUUCCCUCUUCUGCACCCCUUUCCUCUGUCACCUCUCCACCUGCUCCUGGGAAAGACUCGUGUGUGGUUUCCUCUGGCUUUUACACCUGCGGUGUGGACUGCCACACAUCAACAAGGACAUUCCAAACAAGUGCACUCGGUGAUCAGCCCAGCAUCACAGCCGUCACAAGUUCAACCAGCUCAACACACUUCACCUCUAGUCCUAUGCUCCAGAAUGUAAAACACACAGUUUGUCGGAAUGCGGCACACUUCUGCCAGGAGUGCUUGUUAAAGCCAAAACCUGGUCCAAUUUCAGAAUCCAAGUUGUGGCCCAAUGUUCCUCCGCCUCCAGCUUCUUCCAUCCCUCUUCCCAUUUGUAAUGGCUGUGGAACAUUGUCUGAUGGCAUGAUACUCGUGCCAUCCACCAACCAUGGCAAGAGCGGCUGUAAAUAUGAGAACAGUGGUCCUGAAAGUAUGCCUCCUGUUGGUGUCUUCUGGGACAUUGAAAAUUGCAGUGUGCCCAGUGGUCGCUCUGCUGAAGCCGUGGUGCAGAGGAUUCGCAGCUGGUUCUUCCAGGGACACCGAGAAGCAGAGUUCAUCUGUGUCUGUGAUAUCAGCAAGGAGAGUAAAGCUGUCAUCCAAGAGCUCAAUAACUGCCAGGUCACAGUCGCUCAUAUUAAUGCCACUGCAAAGAAUGCUGCUGAUGAUAAACUUCGCCAGAGCCUAAGACGAUUCGCUGACACACACACUGCACCUGCAACUGUCAUACUGGUGUCCUCUGAUGUGAAUUUUGCCAGCGAGCUGAGUGAUCUGCGCCAUCGCCACGGAUUCAGAGUGAUUCUGAUCCAUGGCAGCCACACGUCUUCCUCUCUGCUGCAGCACGCCCACCGCCAUGUACCCUUUCAGCAAAUUACCGCUGAUCUGCCUCAGCGUUUGUUCAUCAAAUCGCAGCCCAGUGUCAGCUUCCUCUAUGUGCACAACCUCCCAGUCAUCUCUGACAAGACCCUGCAGAAUGCUGUGAAGCUCAGGCUUCGCCGCCUGUCAGACAACUGUGGCGGCAAAGUGCAGAGUAUGUCCCAGGGUACAGCAGUCCUCCGUUUUGGCAGCCAGGAGGCGGCUGCUCGGGCCCGCAAACGAAUGGAUAACGAGGAUGUGUUUGGCUACAGAAUCAGCCUCUCUUUCUCACCGAGGACCAGAGACGAUGUUGGUUCUGAGCCUCAGCUUCAGACUGAGCCCCGGCCCUUCCAAACCAAGGUGUCUGUGCUUGCCCCUUUCCCAUCCAUAUCUUCCUCCUCUUUCCUGCCCCUGGAGAAGCCAAGAUCACCCAGGAGGCCACGGCGAGCCACCCGCCCCUUUGCUGCCUCUGGGCUGGUGCCAGAGAGGCCCUACAGCCCCAGGAGGGGUUCCAGUGGGCCUCCCGGCGGUGCUCCAGCCAAACCGCUUCAGGAGACUAAUAUGGAUGGAAAGUCCAGGGUGGGCCUGGCCCACCUGGAUAGGGGGCGUGCUGCUUCCUCCUCACCUCAGAGGAGGGAGACAAGAGCAUUGGAGGAACAGAGUAAGACUGACCUGACUGGAGAACCCAUAGACGAUAAGAGGGAGGGUUCCAGUCCUCGAAGGGUAACCGGCUCACCUGUUACUCAAAGGGUCAGGAGCUCAGAGUUCAAGAUUAGCACACCCUCAGCCUUCAGCAAGCUGAAUCUGAACAGGAGCUUCAGCCCCAUGGUCCCGUCUCAGGGGUCCUGGUCCUCACGGAGCGGGUCCCCGUGCCUGUCCAGCCGUUCAUCCCCUCUGCUUGCAACUGCUCGCAGCUCCUGCUCUGAAGGUCUGUCUCAGCCUUUCUCUGAGGGGACGGAACUCCAGGUAGCCAACCUUGACUACAGAAUGUCCCGCAAAGACCUGCAGCAGAUACUGCAUGACACCUUCUCCCGAUAUGGACAGGUGAAGGCUGUGGAUCUGAGCCCUCACACUGAUUAUCAGCUGAAGGCCACGGUUCAAAUGAUGUCCCUGCAGCAAGCCAUCAGUGCUGUCAGUGGGCUGCACCGCUAUAAGAUUGGAAGUAAACGCAUCCAGGUGUCUCUGGUAACUGGUGCCAACAACAAAUCACUUUCCUUGCUCAGCACAGAGAUAAUUUGCAUUCUUCAGGAUGCUCCUGCUAACUGCCUUCCUCUGUUCAAACUGGCUGAGAUCUAUGAGAAGAAGUAUUUCCGUAAACUCGCCAUUGGCGAUCUGUACAAGUUAUCAGAUGUGCUCUCAGUGCGAGAACAGGGAGGCUCCAGACUAGUUUGCCUUCUCCCCAACAUCCGAAUUCGUCAGAGUCCAUUAGGAUCUUCUCAGUCCCAGGAAGCCUCGUCCUCUGCAAGUGGGAGUCCUGUUGUGUUUGAGGAACUCGAGUACCACGAGCCUGUUUGCAGACAACAUUAUGCUAAGCAAGACUUCAGCGAAGCUGACUUUGACCCUGAAUCCUAUAAAAUACCCUUUGUGGUGAUGUCACUGAGCAGUUUGGCCUCUGAUGUUCACAGUCUUCUGCAGGUUCAUGACGGCACGCUUCCCCUGCUCAGCUUUCCUGACUGUUAUGCAGCUAAAUUUAGCCCUCUGCAAGUCGGAAAUGAGAUGCUAGAGGGUGCUGUUCCUCUGGAGCAUCUGAUUACUUGUGUUCCCAGUAUCACCAUUGUAACAGCUCAGAAUGGUUUCAAGGUCAUCAAGUGGAUCCAUAACAAACCACCUGCACAGAACUCUGAGCCAUGGAUUCAGCGAUGCAAGAGUCCAGUUGGCAAUCCACAGCUCAUCCAGUUUAGCAGAGAGAUUAUUGACCUGUUGAAGAGUCGGCCAUCUUGCCUCAUACCAAUCAGCAAAUUCAUACCUUCAUACCACCAUCACUUUGCCAAACAGUGCCGGGUCUCUGACUACGGCUUCUCAAAGUUACUGGAGCUUCUGGAAGCUGUUCCUCAUGUUUUGCAGAUAAUAGGAAUGGGUACCAAACGUUUACUGACCCUUACCCACCGAGCACAAGUGAAGCGUUUCACACAAGAUCUUCUUAAGUUGCUCAAGUUUCAAGCUAGUAAACAAGUGGCAAUCAGGGACUUUAUGCAGGCAUACCAUUGGUGUUUCUCUAGAGACUGGAGGGUAACAGAUUAUGGGAUAUGUGACCUGAUGGACCUGCUGGCUGAAAUCCCAGACACAACAAUCACCAUCACACACCAGACCACAGACACAGUCAUCUCUGUUCCUAAGAGAGAGCGUACUGCAGAGGAAGUGGAACGAACCAAGCAGUUUGGAAAGGAGGUAGUGGACCUCCUCCGCCAUCAGCCACACUGUCGAAUGCCGUUCAGCAAGUUCAUUCCUACCUACCACCACCACUUCGGUCGUCAGUGCAAGCUCAGCUACUACGGCUUCACAAAGCUCAUGGAGCUUUUUGAAGCCAUCCCAGACAUUCUGAUGGUCUUGGAAUGUGGUGAGGAGAAAGUGCUGACUUUAACAGAGGUUGAGCGUAUCAAGGCACUGGCAGCCCAACUAGUCAAGCUGCUACGGGCUCAGAAAGAUUUCAGUCUGUCCGUCAGCCAGUUUCUCCCAGAGUACAGCAAGACCUUCGGUUAUGGUCUCCGUCUUCAGGACUAUGACGUAGCGUCGGUGCCCGCUCUGCUGACCAAACUCUGCCAUGUUGUCAAGAUGGUGGACGGCUCUGAGGGUCGCGUAGUGCAGCUGAUCAACAGGAAGUCUCUACGUCUGCUGACCUCUCAGCUGUUGGCUCUGCUCAUGUCCCAAGAAACUCAUCAAGUAUCAAAGGGAAUGAAGGUGGAGGAGCUGAGCAUGCAUUACAUGAGUAUUCAUGGAACCCAGCUGAAUCCUUGUGAAUAUGGGUUUCUGUCUCUGAGCGAACUGUUAAAGAGCCUACCUUACCUUGUAGAGUUGUACUUUGAAGAAAAUGGUGAAGAUUGCAGCUCUGCUGGCGGUCAUGGGGUUGAGUGGGUGAGGUUAACCAGGCUUUACCAGUUUGCUCGUAACAUUCGGGCGCUGCUCCACACCUACCACUACAACCAGCUCUUCCUGACAGAGUUCCAGGGGGCCUACAGCAAGUUUACAGGCUGCAACCUUGACCCUCGGUUCUAUGGGUACAGCACCACUGAUGAACUGCUUGGCGCUAUUCCUCAGGUGGUCUGGAUCAAAGGACACGGUCAUAAGAGGAUUAUCGUUUUAAAGAACGAUAUGAAAGCAAAGCCAAGCUCUUCAGUUCCUAACAGCCCACAACCGGUAGACAUGGAGAGUCCGAGGGACAGCCCCAUCAGCAGCACAUCAGGAACACAAAGUCCAGGUUGCGAUGCUGAAUCAGAGCUGCUCCGUCUUACAUCACCUGUCGACCUGUUGUGUGGCCCUGUACCGUCCUGCCUGCCGUCCCCCCAGCUCCACCCUGACCCUGUUCUCCUUCAGCAAAUGGACCUGAUUAACUUUGAGAAAACUCCACCCCCACAACCCUCAGCAGAGCUCGAGUCUGUAGAGGAGGCUGCAGCAGAUGGUACCUGUGGUCCUCUGGAUCAGUCUGGUGUUGAAGACGAUUCACCAGCGCUCCCUGAUGAGAAGAACACCUUGUCCAUGGACAGUCCUGGCAGAAGAGCCUCACGCAGCAGAUUUAAACUAGCUGCCAACUUCUCCUUCACAGCAGGCCUCUGAUGAAUCCAUUUCUUUCCAGUUAAGGACACUCAUCAGAUAACUCUAAAUGCAAGAGUUGACCAGCGUCUAAUUGAUCACUGCCUUCAACAUCUGGACAGGCAGGCUGUUGCGUUAAUGUUCUGCUACUCCUAAGCAAGCUUUUUUUCUUGUUUAUUGAUUUUCACCUAACUAUGAUGAGAUUUUUUUGCAAUUCUUUGAUUUGCAAACUUAUCUGCUGUGUCCUAGCUGUCAUCCCAGGAACAGUUGAUAUAAGACGGCAUCCUCAAUUUUGAGCCAUUGAGAAACUUGAGUUAGUUUUCACUGUAUAGUUUCAGUUUGUUAAACUGACACACAGACGGCUUCUAAGAUUUGUCAGUGAAACUUUGAAAGUCACUGCUUAAAGACAGGAAAAAUUAUUCUAAAACCAUAAUUUCAACCUUUGGAGAUCUGACUUGGUUAUGAUGGUUAUUAUGAGCAAUCCAGCUGAUAAAUUGAUGCCCACUGGAAAUCUUUCUGAUUUUUAUAGUAUUUCACCUUCGUAUGCUCCCCUGUAACAUCUCUGCAGUGUUUUUAGUUCCUUCUAAAUUUUGCAGAGUGGCUAAUUAUCUGUUAAGGAACUUGGGCCUAAACCUGUAGCAGACUGAUGAGAUGACGUUUUCUCGUUGUUUACCUGCAGCCAGCAGCUAUGCAUGUUUGAAUCUUUUUAGCUGCGUUUCUGCCCCUGUGUGGCUUGCACUGGAGUGGGUAGAAUAAUAUGUGCAACAUGUGCAUAACUGAGUUUAUGCAAGGUGUAACCCCCACUCUAGGAGCAGAUGAAAGGAAGACGUUUAAGGUUGGUCUUGAUUUCUACCACUAACUACAGAUCAGAGCUACCACCCGAGCAGCUGCCAUGUAAAGGUUUGUUUUAACCUUUGCCUCUGAUGGGCACUGACUCAGUGGUUGAGUAUUUGGAGAACAACACACACGCCUGAGUUUUGGGUUUAUUUUAAACGGCAUAGUGAAUGAGUUUUAGAGGAAAGGGGGGCCGUGUGCUGAUGGAUUUCAGAUUCUGGGGGCUCUGAGAAGCCUCUUGCACAGACUGAUGCACUCACAGAGGGGCCCUCCGCGCCUCGCUGGAACCUGCCGGGCUUUUACAAUGGCUUGUAUUUGCCACGGUGCUGAAACACAGUGCCAUCAUCCACCCCCCCCUUUUGAGGAAGAGUAUUUUUACCUUACAGGCGUGUGUUGAUCUCUCAGAUAUUGUUUUUUUCUUCUUUUCCUUUUCACACACUGGCUGCUGGCUGCUAAAAUACCUCGAGACGUUGGCGGCGCAUGAAAUUUGGGGCACAUCAGAUGUACUGUGAAGCUGCUGUUUGUCUUUAUUAUAAUCCUUUUAGGAAAUGGGUCACAGCCUACUGAGUUAUGGAGUUCUUUAUAUUUGUACUGGGAUUAGUCUGUUUAAUGUACUCUACAGUAUAUAUAUUGUUUUUUACUUUGUGUUAAUCAUUCAUCACAAAUCAGAAGGUUUUUAAAUGUGGCUCUAAUUGCUCAUUUGUUUUGCAGAGUUUUAGAGACCAGCUAACAGAUGAAGGAAUCACCACUUCAAAGUAAUUGUAAAAAAAAAAAAAAAAAAGCUUAAACAGACCAAAAAACUGUCUAUCUACAUUUGAAUUUAGCCAAAGGACUUAAUUUCUUUGUUUGAACUACAGUGACAACUAACUCAUGUUAUGAAGUCUUUGCUUCCGUUUACUGACGACCCGCCGUACCUGUGAAAAUAUGCACCUAUGCAUAGUUUUAGUUGCUGAAAUCCAUGUUUGAGAAGGUGUUUAACCGAGUUUGUUUCUCCUAGUUAUUCUACAAAAGAUUUUAAGGAACUUUAUUAAUUCAACUGUUUCCUUAAAAAGUUGAAUUAAUAAAGCGUUGUUACCCUGAAUGUUUUGUUUACCUGCCUAUUAACUGUUAGUGAUUUCUCGUCUAGUCCUCUUUCCCUUCCCUCCCUCAUCGUUUUGCUGCCUUGCUGCACCAACACUGGUUGCAACAAUUCAGUGAUGUUGAAGUGACCAAAAAGAAUCCAUUAAAAUUCACGAGCAUCUGUUGUUUCUUUGGUACUUUUGUAUGUGAACCGGGUUCUAGAUGCACAUUACUAAGGUAGAAAGUUAAACUUUGCAGAAAGUUAAAUAGAAAUGUAAUGCAGAGGGAUGUAUAUCAACUUUAUAGACAACAACACUCAAACUGUGGUUUUUAAUCAGCUUCCUUUGCUGCUAAAUCAUUCAUUGAUUAAAAAUAAGCUGUUGUAAAUUUGGUAGUAUGGCAGUGUCCAGGUUACACAUACAGCAGGGAACUUAAGUAAGGUUUUCUAGACACUGUAGAAGGAAGCAUAAAGUGUUGCACAAAUCAUCACUGCCUGGAAAUGUCACUUUUAUGUCGCAUGCAACAUGGAUUCUUUGCCCCUUUUCCCCAGACUAUAGACUUUUAUUAUUUUUUUUUUUCAAUAUAAAUAGAAGUUUGGACCGCUGACCAACAGUUUAGUUGUUACUGAUGUCCUGAUAUGCCUGAGCAGUGGCUCUGAAGCAGGAAGUGCAAAAAUAAAUUCUGCAAAGGACCAAAUCAUUUGAUUCAGGCUCUAAAACUCUGCUUGUGCACCUUUUUCUUAACACACUUUUUCUUUUCACUAAAGUUUUUAAUAAUUUAUUGUAAAGCCCAGUGUGAACAACCAACUCCUUCAGCAGUUUUGCGCCAUUCCUUCCUAAGGCUCUCC